CUUUAGUAUCCUCCUUUUGAUUUAUAAAAAAAGAGAGCAUUUUUUAAGAUAGUUUUUAGAAGCAAGGUUUUAUCUUUGCUUUUUGGAGUGUGGGGGAGGAAUAUGGAGACCAAAGAGCUGAAUUUUAAUAAAGAUUGUAAAGCAGGAGUAGGAGGAGGUGGGUUUACAGAUAGGAGCAAAGUGAGGAUUUUGCUAUGUGAUAAUGAUACCAAGAGUUGUGAAGAAGUUUUUUCACUACUUGUGAGAUGUUCUUACCAGGUGACUUCAGUGAGCUCCGCUAGACGAGUUAUUGAUGCACUGAAUGCCGAGGGAGCUGAAAUUGAUAUCAUACUCGCAGAAGUUGACCUCCCGAUGUCAAAAGGAAUGAAGUUGUUGAAGUAUAUUAUGCGGAAUAAGGAACUGCGUCGGAUUCCUGUUAUUAUGAUGUCGGCCCGGGAUGAGGUCUCUAUUGUUGUUAAGUGUUUGAGGCUUGGUGCUGCUGAUUAUCUUGUCAAGCCUUUACGAACCAAUGAAUUGUUGAACUUGUGGACACAUAUGUGGAGAAGGCGGCGUGAGCUUGGUCUGGCAGAAAGGAACAUCUUGAACUAUGACUUUGAUCUGGUGGCAUCAGACCCUGGUGAUGCUAAUACAAACAGUACUACUUUGUUCUCGGAUGACACAGCGGACAAGUCCCGGAAGGCCACCAAUCCAGAGAUGCGAGCUCCAAUCCAUCUGGAAGACGAAUUCGCUGCUGCUACUGUGCAGCCUCCUCAGAAUGAUUCAGUUGAAUGUCGUCCUCGUGUUCCAGGAAUAAGUGACCGGAGAACAGGGCAACUUGCAUGUGGUCCAAAGAAGAGUGAACUAAAGAUUGGCGAGUCAUCUGCCUUUUUUGCUUACGUAAAAUCACCAACGGUAAAAAGCAGCGCUCAAGCGUCGACCCCUAAUGACGAAAAUGCUGCCCAAAUUAAGAUCCUUGAAGAGAAUCUUCCGCAAUACGGUCAACAAGUGGUUAAUGAUACCCAAGUACAUGAGAACGGUGAAGCGUGGGAAAACUGUUCUCAAGGCGACGACUUUCCAAGCAGCAGUAGUGUACCGGAUUCACUUUCGUUAGAAAGGUCUUCUGCUCCUGCGUCGAUGGAGUUCUCACAACAUAAGAAUUUUGGGGAAGACAAGUUCCUUCAGGAACUUGUGCCGCCAAGAAACAAACCUCGACAUGAUGUAUCUGGUUUACCAACACAAAGUGCAUUUUCAUACUAUAUGUCGGGAGCUAUGAAUCAAGUUAUGAUGCCGCCAUCGGCCAUGUUGUUUCAGAACAACCUCCUUGAACUCCAAAACCAUGCUAGUUCCGGUGUGGUACCUCAAUAUAAUCACCUUCAACAUUGUCAUUCCCAUUCGCAUGUUAGUGGUAUGGCAUCGUUUCCGUACUACCCUGUUAACAUGUGCAUGCAACCUGGUCCAAUGCUGACAGGUCAUUCAUGGCCAUCUGUUGGAAAUUCAUCUCCCGGUGAAGUGAAACCAAGUAAGGUUGACAGAAGAGAGGCAGCAUUAAUCAAAUUUCGGCAGAAAAGGAAAGAGCGCUGUUUCGAUAAGAAGAUUCGAUACGUAAACAGAAAAAAGCUAGCCGAAAGGAGGCCGCGCUUGAGGGGACAGUUUGUGAGGAAACCAAAUGGUGUAACUGUUGAUCUUAACGGCGAACCUUCUUGUGUCGAUUACUAUGACGAGAAAGAAGACUAUAAGCAGGUAUCGAGGGAUUCUUCUCCUGAAGACGAUACUCAAUGAAACGAAGAAUGUAACCCUAU